UACUGUUGUGUGACGUCAUCGCUGUGCGCCCUGAACAAAGAAGCGCCUGUUUAGAAGAAGGCGCAGCUGGACAAGCUACUGGCUGAUUGCACUAAACUAAAAUAAGGAGAAGGAAAUAGAUGUGAAACAAGAGAGUAAUCUAUAGGAAAGAUAAGUGUGAGUGUGUAAGUAUGAUGGAGGCUGAGAGCUCGACCCCGGAGGAAAGAGGAGUGAGCGCGGCGCAGAAACGAGCAGAAAUCCGCCGUAGGAAACUCCUAAUGAACUCCGAGCAGCGGAUGAACAGAAUAGUGGGUUUUAGUAAAAACGACGCAGAAAAUAGCGAAGCUCAGCUUGCACCGGAGCCCCGGUUCCACCUGGACUUGGACAGGAACGAGUGCUUCUCCCCCUCUGUGCCCACUAAAAGAGUGUCUCCAUUUGUCUCAGAAACUCGGAGCGAGGGACUAGUGUUAGAUGAGAGGAGGGAUGACGAGGGUGAAGAAACCGAACGGGGGGUUCGGCUUAGACCACGGGGAGAGACGUCGAGCGAAGAACGAACUCGUUCUCCUCGCAGAGGCCUAAACACCUACCUGUCUCGCUUUGAUGAUGCAAUGAAGCUGCGGGGUCAACUGACCAGUGAGAAGGUGUCACAGGAGAGCACAGACGUGGAAGAGCUCGACGUUUUUCUUUUCCGGCUGUUUGGCAGCGUGUUGUUAGCCGUGUGUGUACGGGUAUUUGUCUGUAAUUACCUGUCUAUAUUUGCACCAUUUCUCACCCUGGAACUUGCUUACAUGGGCCUAUACAAAUACUUCCCAAAGGUGGACAGGAAAAUGAAAACAACAGUCCUCUCUGCUGCGCUGCUCCUCUCCGGGAUUCCAGCUGAGGUGAUUAAUCGCUCGGCAGAAACCUACAGGAGGAUGGGAGACGUUUUCUCUGACCUUUGUGUUUAUUUUUUCACCUUCAUCACCUGUCACGAGAUCAUUACAGCGUUCUCUUCUCAGUCCACUUAAUACACGCACAUGCUUUAUACAACCACGCAAAAAUAUUUGUACACACGCUACAUACUUUAGCGUGUUGAUUCCAGUUAACUUCAGUGUUCCAGUCUUGCUUUGAAUACGUUCUCUGUUUACCAGUGGAGGCUCUUUAAAAAGGAACUUUUAACAGACAUGCCAGUCAUGUGAUCGAAUUUUAAUCCUCCAUUUUUACUGCUUAAGGAGCACUACUGCUCAAUGCUAAUGAAAUUGUAGGCUAGCUAAUUAGCAUGAUAACUAGUCAGCAAUCUGUACAGAAACUGUAUAUGAGGCUUCAGUACCAUGUCCUCACUGUGGUGUGUCUGCAACAAUCCUAUACACUGCACACUACACACUUCUCUACCUAAUACUUAACAGGUAUUAGAGGAGAAGUUAAUUGUGUUUGAUGGAAUGUAAUUUAAGAUGUUAAGUGUCAUAGAGUUUCCCACCUCGUCGUGUUGCUGGAUUAUUUGUGAUGUGACUUUUUUUUGGAAAAUAUUUUGGAACUUUGUGAUUAAAGUUAUUUAUGUUGCUUUCUUUUACUUUAUGUAAUUUAUAAAAGUAUAAAAAAAACUGCUCCCCGGUAUUGCUAAAUAAAUUCAUUAUAAGACCAUACGUGAACAAUAAACUUCAGUAGACUGUUCAGGAA